AUGAGCUACACACCAAGAUCGGCCGAUGUGUACGCGUACAACCCAGCUCUACCACCAACCAAUGUACCAAUUGUAUCUGGGGCGACCGCUUAUGACUGCCCACAGAGCGGCAACACGUUCAUAUUGAUAUUCAACGAAGCACUUUACUAUGGGAACCGGUUAGACCAUUCAUUGAUCAACCCAAACCAAGUCCGCAAGUUCGGAAUUCCCCUAUGGGAUAAUCCGUUUGAUGAGAUGAGGAAUAUUGGCAUCAAAAACAAGCCGAUAUUUGUUGCACUCAAGGCAAAGGGGACAAAGUUACUAUUUGAUUCAAGGCCCCCAACUGAUCAAGAACUUGCAAAUUGCCCCCACAUUUAUAUGACAAGCAAAGUGCCUUGGAACCCAGGUACCGUACAACUUGGGAAAGUCUCAAUUGUCCACAAAGACCCAAUAGAUGACCUAAGAUCCAACGAAGCUGAAUUGAGACAAUUGGAUCCAAUCAUGCAAGGAAUGAACAAAUGGCACACAGUACAGCAGACAAUAGUCGAUGGGGAGAGAUUCUUCCAACAAGUUGGACGAAUGGACAAUGAUGCACGAUUUGCAGAUGUACGUGUGAGGCCGUCCUUUGUAUCCACGGAACAACACACCAAAGCAACGGCAGAAAACCUAUCUGAACGACUAGGAAUUGGUUUGCACAGAGCACGCGCCACCUUGAGAUCAACACUACAAAGGGGAACACGAUCCGCCAUACUACCACUGGCAAGGAGGUGCAUGUUCCUAAGACCAAGACUGAAAGGCAAGUUCUCAACCGACACAGCCUAUUUCAACCACAAGUCGAUACGAGGCAACAUCGCAAGCCAGAUCUAUUUCCACAAGAGCGGUUUCUACAGUUGCCA